UCGCGGGACCGCGGCUGGCAGACGGGCUUUCAGGCGGCCCUGGCCGUGGAAGAGGAGUUGCAUGUGUCGCUUCAGCUGGCGGUAGUGGCGGGAGCGGAGGCGGCGGGGGUUGUGCGACCGCCCGGGUUUGUGAGAUGGCUGCUGAUAUUUCUGAAUCCGGUGGGCAUGAUUGCAAAGGAGACCCGAGGGGCAAUACCAAGUUAGAUGCAGACUACCCACUUCGAGUCCUUUACUGUGGAGUUUGUUCAUUACCAACAGAGUACUGUGAAUAUAUGCCUGAUGUUGCUAAAUGUCGACAGUGGUUAGAGAAGAAUUUUCCAAAUGAGUUUGCAAAACUUACUGUAGAAAAUUCACCAAAACAAGAAGCUGGAAUUAGUGAGGGUCAAGGCACAGCAGGGGAAGAGGAAGAGAAGAAAAAGCAGAAGAGAGGUGGAAGGGGUCAAAUAAAGCAAAAAAAGAAGACUGUACCACAAAAAGUUACAAUAGCCAAAAUUCCUAGAGCAAAGAAGAAAUAUGUAACAAGAGUAUGUGGCCUUGCAACUUUCGAAAUUGAUCUUAAAGAAGCACAAAGAUUUUUUGCUCAGAAAUUCUCCUGUGGUGCCUCAGUAACAGGAGAGGAUGAAAUCAUCAUUCAGGGAGACUUUACAGAUGACAUAAUUGAUGUCAUUCAGGAAAAAUGGCCAGAGGUGGAUGAUGAUAGCAUCGAAGAUCUUGGAGAAGUAAAGAAGUGAUUUUGAAAAUUUGUCUCUAUUUAAUGAUCUGAACUGAGAGUUGAUAUGGCCAAAGGGAGAGAGGCCUUUUAAAAAUAUAUAUAUUUAUCCUACAGUAAAACUGUAGAUUACCCUCACCCUUGGCAUUUUCACUGUUCUGUAUAAGGCUGCUUGUUUUUUUUAUUGCCAAAGUCUAAUAAACAGGGGAGACUGUCAUGCUUAUGCAUGAAAUAGAAUUUAGUCAAAUAAAAAUUUUUGGUCAUUUGGUACUGCCUUUUCUCUUUCUCUUAUUAACUUUUUAUUUUUGGAAAAACACUAGAUUUUUUGUGCAAAGCUUUUUUGUUUAUUAAAAUCAUGAUUUAAUGAAAUCAUGAUUUAAAGCUGAGUAAUAUUUUAAAGAAUUUGAAUUUUGGCUUCAUCACCAUUAAUAACUGUCUCCUUGCUUCUUUGGUGUGAUACUUUUGAGAUGCUUGGGCAUCUAAUAGAUUUGUGGUUGAAUUUGCUUCACUGUUACCAACCAAGUCCACUUCGUGGUCACAUUAACUUAAUGUUGGUAGGAGUUGUUCACACUCUUCUGGAGAUUAUUUGGUAAAGUAUAUUAAAGCCUUAAAACCAUCUGCAGUCUGACCCAGUAAGCCACUUAAUUGACAUUAUCCUAAAGAUAGAAUCACUCUUGCUUAAAACUGUGGGUGAGGAUGUUCAUCACAAUGUUACUCAUAAAUGCAAAAAAAUUACAACUGAUAAAUGAACGAUUGGGAAAUGGUUAAAGAAUGAUGGUGCACCAUAUGGUAGAAUAUUAUGCAUAUAUUUUUAAA